AUGGCUUCCAUAGAUGUAGAGGAGGUGCUCCUCCAGCUCACGCUUGAUGAAAAGAUCUCCCUACUAGCAGGCACCGAUUUCUGGCACACUGCCGCCAUACCUAACCAUGGCGUACCAGCGUUGCGGAUGUCGGAUGGUCCAAACGGGGUACGGGGGACGAGAGUAUUCAACGGCGUGCCGGCGGCUUGUUUUCCAUGUGGCACUGCCCUGGGCUCGACCUGGAACCAAGAGCUACUGCUCGACGCAGGCAAGUUAAUGGGCGAAGAGGCCAAGGCGAAAGGAGCGCACAUUCUUCUCGGACCAUGUAUCAACAUGCAAAGGUCACCGCUCGGCGGACGAGGCUUCGAGUCCAUCUCUGAGGACCCCGUGCUAGCAGGCUUGGGAGCAGCAUGCCUAAUAAAUGGCAUCCAAUCCACCGGCGUGGUCGCGACGAUCAAGCACUUCGUCACAAACGAUCAGGAGCACGAGCGGAAUGCCGUGGACAGCAUCGUCACCGACCGUGCGCUACAUGAGAUUUAUCUGCUACCGUUUCAGAUCGCUGUACGAGACUCUCAUCCCAAAGCAUUUAUGACGGCGUACAACAAGCUCAAUGGUACACACCUGAGCGAGAACAAGCGGAUCUUGCAGGAUAUUCUGCGGGAUGAGCUUGGUUGGCGAGGUGCUAUUAUGUCCGACUGGUUCGGAACUUAUGGGACGGCAGAGGCCAUUAACGCUGGUUUAGACAUCGAAAUGCCAGGGCCGACGCGGUAUCGCGGACAGUUGCUUGGGCACAACGUCACAGCUCGGAAAGUGGCGAUGCACACUCUCAACGAGCGAGCACGUAACGUGCUUGAACUGGUCAAGAAUUGCGCCGAGAGCGGUAUCAAGGAAGGCCAGGUAGAGUCCAAAUUGGACACCCCGGAAACGUCGGCCUUGCUUCGAAGGUUAGCUGGCGAGAGCAUUGUGCUCGUCAAGAAUCGGGACAAUGCCCUUCCGUUGGCAAAGGGGAAAGGCAUAUUGAUGAUCGGACCCAAUGCCAAGGUGAGCGUUUUCUGCGGUGGUGGCAGCAGCUCCAUGGCACCUUAUUAUGCAAUCUCGCCCUGGGAAGGCGUAGAAUCCAAGGUGAAGGAUCCCAGCAAAAUGCAGCACGCCAUCGGCUGCUACAGCCACAAAGAGCUCCCGCUUGUAUCACACGAGUUUCACGUAGGCUCUGACCCUAAAAGCAAGAAAGGCCUGGUCUUCAAGGCCUACAACGAGCCGCCAACCGUUGGCAAGGAUCGCUUGCCCGUGGAUGAACUGGAGCUUACCAGCUCCCUUGCCAUGUUCAUGGACUAUCACAAUCCGAAGCUGAAGUCAGACCUAUGGUAUGCUGAUGUCGAAGGCUACUUCACCGCCGAGCGGAGUGGUGACUACGAGCUUGGGCUUUGCAUUUACGGCACUGGAAACAUCUAUGUGGACGGUCAUCUAGUAGUGGACAACACCACGAAGCAGAAGCAAGGAUCCGUCUUCUACGGUUGUGGAUCUGUGGAGGAAAAAGGCACGAUUCCGGUGGAGAAGGGCAAGACUUACCAUGUCGUGUUGGACUUCGCCUCUGCGCCGACAAGCAAACUCGAAGGAGACGGCAUUGUACGCUUUGGCGGCGGCGGUUUCCGUAUCGGUGGCGCGUGGGUCCGUGGGAUGGACGAGACAAUCAAAGAGGCGGCUGAUCUAGCAAAAAGCGCUGAGCAAGUCGUCAUUUGCGCUGGCCUUAACCAGGACUGGGAAGGCGAAGGUGCGGACAGGGUCGACAUGAAGCUACCGGGCCGCAUGGACGAUCUUAUCGCUGCCGUUGCAGCCGCAAAUCCGAAGACGAUCGUUGUCAUGCAGACGGGCACGCCUGUCGAAAUGCCAUGGCUGGAGGAUGUUUCUGGGCUGCUGCAGGCCUGGUACGGCGGCAAUGAGACAGGCAAUGCCAUCGCAGACGCUCUGUUCGGCGACAUCAACCCCAGCGGUCGCAGCAGUCUCUCUUGGCCGAAAAGGCUGGAGGACAAUCCAGCCUUUUACAACUAUCGGAGCGAAGGCGGAAGAGUACUGUAUGGCGAAGACGUCUACGUCGGAUACAGACAUUAUGACACCGUUAAGCGGGAGGUGAACAUACCGUUUGGCUUCGGGCUCUCAUAUACGAGCUUUGAGUUGUCUGACCUACGAGUGGAGAGGAUGGGUGAAGACGAGCUGUCUUCGAAAGUGAAGGUAAGCGUCACCGUCAAGAAUACUGGGAAGCUUGACGGGCACGAGGUCGUGCAGGUUUAUGUCUCGCAACAGUCCCCAGGUAUUCGGCGUCCGCCAAGAGAGCUAAAGGGAUUCGCAAAGGUCGCUGUCAAAGCCGGGGCCAGCGCGACAGCUACCGUCAUGUGUCUGACGAAGUAUGCAACGAGCUACUGGGACGAGAUUCGAGACUCAUGGGUCAUGGAGCAAGGAAGGUACGACGUCGAGGUCUGCGAUGGCUCGCGGCAACAACAGCUGUUGCGCACCGCAUUCGCUGUCCAAGCAACGCAAUGGUGGCGAGGUCUUUAA